AUGUCGGGCCGUAGUAUUCCUGUGGCCCUCUCCAGUUUCGGUAGUGGAAGGAAGCAUUCGGGCAGCUCUCAGGCAGAUAUCACGAAGCUGAAGACACCCGUACCUCCUUAUCGCCAUGCUGCACCAUCUGCGCCGUGGCCGUGGAUGGACUUCGAUGUAGACGAGAGUGCAGUCGAGCCACCCUAUCCGGGCGGGCUGCCUUCUCCCCCUGAUCAUUGGAAAAAAUACCCUCAAAAUUUGUUCGGGAAUUGGACCCCAGACCAAGUCCAGAGAAGCAAGAUGUUGACUGCUUGCUCAGAUUCCCAGCCUUGUUUGAUCUAUAACGUGGAAGUGAAAGACGACGGGCACUUCGACAAAGCUGCCGGAGAAAGAACUACAACCGUCACUGCUGACAAUGCUCAGGAAUUUUGGGAAGAACUGCAGCAACCCCGACCCGAGGGCAUUCGAAUCCGGGCUUUUUUCGUUGAUAAUCUGUCCUUGAAUGUUUUGAAGAUGCUGGGAACAACCUUCGAUAUCGAACCUUUUUUCUUCUCGUCCUCGACGAAUUGGAUACCCUCACGGUACCAAGAGGAUGCCAAGACCGAAUACAGAGACCGUUGUACGCGAAAGCCUGGUACUAGACCAGAGAACGUCUCAUCCACCAGGUCGGCUACCUCACAAAAGCUUGCGCCCGCAAUGCAUGGAUGCAGUUGUAACCUCGCGUUUCUAGAGGUUCUUGAGAUUAAUACCCAAGCGCCGUUAGAGCUAACUCACGAAAUUUUACUUCAAGAUCUUCUGGCUAUUCACAUGGUCCGGAAAAGGGAUUCCAGCACUAUCAUUUCAUAUCACCCUAUAUCCAAUUUGAAGAAAACGUCCGCCAAGCGUCUUCAGUCGCUCGUCCAAAGAACCGGAGAUAGUGUUUAUUGGUCCAAGCUUUUUGCCAAGUCUAGAGAUCCAACGUUCGUCUUCCUUGCGAUACUUUGGUAUGCGCUGUAUGCGUGGGAUGAGACUUUCGACGCUUUAUACCGGCAUAUCAACAAGCUAGAAUCUGAAGUUUUAAGGACCAACGACAUCAACUGGACGCGCGAGUUGCACAAAGUGCAAGCAUACCUGUUGCAUUACCAACAACUUCUUCAGGACUUCCACAAGUCCGUCGACUUCGUAAAAAACACUCCAAAUCCCGCGAUGGAAUGCGAUGAGGACAAGGACGACUCUGCGAAGCUUCUGAAGGGGGAAGCGAAUAACUUGCUUUCCGAAAUAAGCCGGCUAGAGGGUCACAGAACCGCAUUUGCAACUGUGAAUAUCGAAGAGAGCCGAGACAUGAAAAGGCUCACGGCAGCAUCCAUGCGAGAUUCUGCUGCAAUGAAGCAGAUUUCUUAUCUCACAAUGAUCUUCUUGCCUGCGAGCUUGAUAGCAAGUGUUUUCGGGAUGAACAUUAUGGAAAUCAAUCCUGGCACUCGUGAAACUCUUAGCCACUAUGCUGAGGCCACGGUCACAUUGACUGUUCUGACUGCAUGGUUGGUGAUUGCUGUGCAAACGGAGAGUUCUUUCUGGCCGAAAGGUAGUCCGCGGUGGCGACGUCUAGUAUGGCCGAUAUAUUUUGUUGCCAACUUAAGACACCGUCUUACAGACAAACAGCAGCCCAGAAGUUUUAAUGCUAUGGUGACGGACCCAGACCUGGCGUAG